AUGACUGCAGGGUUGUGUAUGUGUGUUCUGCUGGUGGUCCUGUGCACUAGCUGUUCAGGACGGACCCACUUCUCUCCCCCCCUCCAAGACGGCAGCCCUGCCCUGGCCCCUCCCUCUGAAGCACGUCUGGAAACCAAAGCCCACUUCCUCUCCGAGCCAUACCUCAGACAUACCUACUCCUCUCCUUUGGUCAAUACCAACCCAUAUAAGGGAGAAGCCAAACUCAGUGAACUGUUGGCUAGACUCAUCUCCUCACAGAAAGGUUACAUCAGUGGGAACUCAACAGUGAAGAGCAGAGCCAGCGGUCUCAGUGCUAACCACCUGAUAAAAAACCGAGACUACACCGGGUGGAUGGACUUUGGCCGCCGCAGCACAGAAGAAAACGAGCACUCCUCGUAGAAAAGUAGUCCCUCUCCACAAGAAAAGAACAAGUCACUGUCUCGUCACGAGAGUGUAUUUAUUCUGUAUUUGAUGUACAUUUGUUUGUAAACACUAUAUGAUGCAAUAUACAGCAUCUACAGUGACAAGAAAAAGUUUGUGAACCCCUUGGAAUUACCUGGAUUUUCUGCAUAACUUGAGCAUCAAAUUUUGAUCUGACACAGUGUGCUUAAACUACUAACACGCAAAUAAUUGUAUUUUUCUUGUCGAUAUUGAAUACAUAAUUUAAACUUUCCCAGUGUAGGUCGGGAAAAGUAUGUGAACCCCCCCUAGACUAAUGACUUCUCCUGAAGCUAAUUGGAGUCAGGAGUCAGCUAACCUGGAGUCCAAUCAAUGAGACGAGAUUAGAGAUGUUGGUUAGAGCUGCCUUGCUCUAUAAAAAACACUCAA